AUGCACCUGCUGAGGCGAAAAGGGAUCGGAUAGUUUUGAUGCUUCGGGAGGGUGGUCUGUUAGGAGCGCCGCAGAAGUUCUUUUUUCAACCGAGUUUUAAAGGAAAAGUAUUGGAAUAGACAGAAAGGAAUGGAUUUCUCGAUAUCCCACCUCUGCUCUGUAUUGAUUAUUCUCAUUGCAGGUGUAGCCCAUUGCCUGGAGAUCACGUCCCAGGGGCCCACGUCCAUAGAGAAGGCCAGCAGUGAGAGCGUCAAGCUGGACUGCCAGUUCUCUCUGGCACCCGAGGACUCUGGCCCUCUGGACAUCGAAUGGAGCCUGCUGGCCUCUGACAACCAGAAAGAGGAUAAAGUGGUGAUCCUGUACUCUGGGGACAGGGCCUAUGAGGACUACUACCCUGCAGUGAAGGGGCGAGCCCACUUCAACUCAGCUGACCCUAAGAAUGGUGACGCCUCCAUCAACUUGACAGGUCUGAAGUCUAGCGACACUGGGACCUACCAGUGCAAGGUGAAGAAGGCCCCGGGCAUCCGCAGCAGGAAGAUGCUGCUGACCGUCAUGGUGAGGCCGUCCAAGCCCAGAUGCUCUGCCGACGGCCUCACCCUGGAGGGUAUGGAUGUGGUCCUGAGGUGUACGUCUAGUGAGGGGACCAACCCCCUGCAYUACACCUGGGAGAAGACCAGCGACAACAAACUGCUGCCUGCCUCCGCCGUGCUAGACCCUGUGGGAGGCACCAUGAAUGUAAGGAACGCGUCCACCAGRUCCUCAGGAACCUACCGCUGCACAGCUAAGAACCACGUGGGCAUGGAGGAGUGUAUUCUACAGCUUGGCAUCACUCCUCCCCCCAACACUGCUGGUAUCAUAGCUGGAGCCAUCAUUGCUGUUCUGCUGGCCCUCAUCAUCAUCGCCAUCAUCCUCUUCUGCUGCUGCCGCGCCCGCAACAGGAAGAAGUACGAGAAGGAGAUCUCCUACGAGAUCAGAGAGGACGUCCCCCCUCCGAAGAGCCGCGUGUCGACGGCCCGCUCUUUCACCAGCGUGGGCAGCCAGCGCUCCUCCCUGGGCUCCAUGUCCCCCUCCAACCUGCACGAGUACGCCCUCAAGCCCCAGUACGACAAGAUCCCCUCCGUGGAGGAGUAUGACAGGCCCCCCAGCCACGCACCCCUGCCCCCACCCGUCGCCAGCAAGAUGGCCGGCCCCAACCUCAGCCGCAUGGGCGCCAUCGCCGUCAUGAUCCCCGCCCAGAACAGGGACGGCUCCAUUGUGUAGUGGAAAGAAACAGAAAGAUGGAGGGAAAGACCGGGGGACACUAGACAGAGAGGUGGGGUGGCUGGGCUGGGGGACUGUGCUGGGCAGCCAGAUUCUACCCUCUAUCACUCACCACCAACUGGUACCCCCACUCUGCUCUGCUUUAUGGAGGUCUGGGUGUGGUGUUGUACUGAGGAGAAAAGAGAAGCAGUAUUGUACCAUGUCAUAUCAGACAACACUAUCAACUAUUUACUGAAGACAAAAAACUGAUGCUUUUAUGAAUUUUACUUCCUGAACUUUCUCACACAUGACAAAUAUGAAUUCUAGGCUGGGUAGAUUUUAAUGGUCAAUUCACACAGGUUGCUUUGUACAUAGUUGAAUGCAUGAUGUUUUUUUUAUCUAGCCGGCCCUGUCCAUAGAGAGUUGUGUUCAGAGCGGACCAAGGUCUCUGAUUGGCCUGUGUUGUGUGUGUGUACCAUGUAGAGUAUUACAGCUUUACGUGUAUGU